UAGGGAAAUAGCAGCCGGCAUCUCACACGAUUGCGAAUGCCACUGCCAUAUAUGAAGAACAAUAAAUACAAAAAAGCUCAAGGAGCGGAGCGAGUCAGAAGUGAGACUCACUUAUAAGAGAGAGAGAGAGAGAGAGAGGGGGGGAGGGAGAGAGGUGAACUUAAUUUUGCUUUCGUCUACUUUGUAAUUUUGUAAACCCCAGAAAAGAAAGAAAAAAUAAACUACUAUAGGAAGAGGCCAAAUUAGUCGUGAAUACAAGAGCCGGUGGCGAUUAUGGUUUUCCCCUAAUUGGGAAAAUUUCUUUCUAUCGAAAUCCGUACUACUCUAUUGGAUUUGGAACCAACUACCGGCAGAGUUUUGCAGAUUACCGUGAGGAUUGGAUUGCAUUGCAUUGGAUUGGAUUGGAUUGGAUUGGAUUGAUGGGUAUGCAAUAGGGUUUCAACUGUGUAUGUCUGCCCAUGGUUUCCUCAACAUCCCCUAUUGACGAAUAUGAUCACCCUAAUUUUUCCAGAAAGCGCCUUAAAGUUUCGGAUCUCUCUGCUGAUUUUGCAUCUUCAAAUCGCGGUGAAGAACAAUUUGCAACGGAGAUGAGUUGCCAGUCUAAUGGAAAUAGCAGUGGUAUUUCUCAAUCUUGUAACGGCGGUGGAUCUUCAUGCGACAAGAGUUACUCUAGCUAUGCGCCAUCAUCUUCUUCGUAUGUGAGUGGAUGGAUGUAUGUCAAUGACCACGGCCAGAUGUGUGGUCCUUAUAUCCAGCAGCAGUUAUACGAAGGCUUGUCUACUGGUUUCCUGCCGGAUGAGCUCCCUGUUUAUCCUGUAGUCAAUGGGGCUUUGAUCAAUCCUGUUCCCCUAAAGUACUUUAGGCAGUUCCCUGAUCAUGUUGCUACUGGGUUUCUAUAUCUCACUUCACCCACAGCUUCCAAUUAUUUAAAAUCUUCAUUUACAAAUGUCCAACACACUCCUUCCCCUUCGCCUUCUCAAUUCAACUGCAAUGUAAGUUCCGAAGCAUUUAGCUUUGUAUUGCAGUCAGGUGAAGAUGAAUGUUGGUUGUUUGAAGAUGAUGAGAGUAGGAAACAUGGGCCCCAUUCUCUUUUACAAUUGUAUUCCUGGCAUCGCUGUGGGUAUCUUGCAGAUUCCAUUAUGAUUUAUCAUACUGAUGACAGGUUUCGCCCCACCCAAUUGCUGUCUGUUUUAAAUGCUUGGAAAGGUGGUCAGUAUGUUGCUGAAAAUGAACAGGAGUUAUCAGUGAACUUCAUAUCGGCAAUUUCUGAAGAAGUUUCUUCUGAUCUGCAUUCUCGAAUUAUGAAAGCAGCUCGUAGGGUUAUGCUAGAUGAAAUAAUCAGCACUAUGAUCUCAGAGUUUGUUGCUGCAAUAAAAUCUCAGAGACCUCUAAUGGUUGAAUCAUACAACCAGGAUGCUAAAAGUUCUGAUGGGAAACUGAUUAAAAAUACCAUGGAAAGAAGUAUACAUUGUACUUCCAAGUUUGGCACAGCGACCUCCGAUGGUGUAUCUAAUUUUUCCAUCCAAGAAUCUACACAUUUUGAUGCAAGUCUAAAAUCUGUUGGAAGCCUUGAAAACUUUUGGGGUUCUUAUACAGUUGUUUGUAAGAUGCUUUUUGAGUAUUGCAUGCAAGUUACGUGGAAUGCUGUCUUUUAUGAUAGUAUGGUUGAAUAUUUGUCUUCGUGGAGAAAAGGAAAACUUUGGUAUGGUCAGCCUAAUGUUCUGGCAUCUGCUAGUGGCUCCAUUGGUCAUGGCAAGGAGACUGAAAAUAUAAAAGCUACAACUCUCUUCUCUAGGAUGGAAUUGACGGCUUAUGAUAUUGAGAGCCCACCUGGUUAUGAACUAGAAACAGUUUCUGUAGGUAACCAGGCAGAAGAGACAUAUAUAUCUCAAUCUGCGGUGCAGGAAAUUUUAUCCAAACAGAACAGUUCAUUGCACAAUAGUGGCCUUUAUGGUGGAAUACAAUGUAUUCUGGAAGGUGUUGGAAAUGAGCUCCAUUCUUCUGUGAUGGUGUUUAUGGCCGAUUAUCUUGACGGUCUUGUUAAAAGUGAAGCCAAAAUAGUGAUUGAUCUGGAAAAUGAUAAAAAAUUGAAUGAAACUCCUGAUGAAGAGGCAGCAGAGAAAUCAGUCUGUUUGUCAGUAGAUGAUGAAUUGAAAGAGCUGCAAGACACAGUUGGAUCUUCCGAUCAGUGCCAUCUUGCUUCGGAGGUUGAUAAUUCAGAUGAUUCUGAAGAGAAAAAAAAUGUUUCGAACAGAAUGUCAGAUUUAUCUUGCAAUCUACAAAACUCAGUACAAUCAAAGAAACCUGUUUGUCAAUCCAUAUCUGAAAAUAAUUAUGCUUCAAGGCAGGAAACUUUUAUGGCCGAGGCAUUUAAGAGAUUGUUUGGAAAGGUUGGGGAUGUAAGUAAUGAACAAGAAGUUAACGAGCCACCACCUCCGGGUCUUGAGGUUAAAUCUGGGACUCUUGUUCCAUCACACAAUUGUAAAUUUCGUCCCUUAACGUCAGUUGGGUGCAGCCCUAAGAUUGGAGAAUAUGUUGCCAUGGCAAUGUGUCGGCAGAAGCUCCAUGAUGAUGUCCUAAGAGAGUGGAAAUCAUCAUUUGCUGGUGAUGCUAGUCUUUAUCAGUUUCUUAUAUUAAGGUCUAGUUCGAAGAAACACUGCAAGGCUGAUGGCAAAGAGGCAAAGACAUUUAGUGAAGAUAGAAAAAAUCUUGCUGGUUUUUCUGCCUCACGUGAUAAGCCCAGGGACGGGUCAAGGAAGUCUCUCAGUUCAGGCUCCUCAGAUAUAUCUUUAGUGACUGGUACAUGUACGUAUUACCGAAAGAAAAAGUUGGUUCAUAAGAAGGUAGGAUCUUCCCUGUCCACGAUUAUCAAUGGGUCACGGGAUCAACCUGUUGAAAGGCCUCGGACGAAAAGGCCUUCCAAGAAUUUGUUGGAUCAUGCAGAUCAAAAACUAAGUGCAGCCACUUCUAAAAAGGGUGGGACAAAUAAAAGUAUGUCUCAAUCAUCUAAUAUUUCUAGGUCAUCGAAAAUCAUAGCUAAGAAUAGUUUGCCCAAUGAUCACUCAUUACCCAAGAGUGCAAUUGGUCGAAAAACAUCAAAGGGUGCUGCUGCUGCUGUUCGAAAAAAUUUGAUUGGAGAAGGUGCUAUUAAAGUCGGCAGGGAAAGAGCGUCAACCUUUCAGAAUUGCGACGUUGAGAAGAUUGCUCGCAAGAGUAACCAUACUGUUGGAAGUGAAGGAGAAGUUACUAAUGAUUCCUCCAAGAAGACACUGAAAGCAAAGAAGGUAUCAGGGGUAAAAAGAAAGCAAUUAAAUUAUGAUGAGUGUCCAUCACCUUCAAUCAAGGUACAGAAAGUUGCUAGUUGUGGUAGCAAGAGUUCUUCUUCUAGAGGGGUUGCAGAUCAAAAGAGCCGCACAGUUAGAUCCAGGACAGCAAAUCCCUGUCCGAGAUCUGAUGGAUGUGCGCGAACUUCAAUUAAUGGCUGGGAGUGGCAUAAAUGGUCACUCAACGCAAGUCCUGCUGAAAGAGCUCGUGUUAGAGGAGUUCAGUGUAUUCAAAUGAAGUAUUCAGGUCCAGAGGUUAAUAGUAUGACACACUUGUCAAACAGUAAAGGUCUUUCUGCUAGAACUAACAGAGUAAAGCUGCGCAAUCUUCUAGCUGCUGUAGAGGGUGCUGAUCUCUUGAAAGCUACACAGUUGAAGGCAAGGAAAAAGCGUCUACGUUUUCAGCGAAGCAAGAUACAUGAUUGGGGUCUUGUUGCACUUGAGCCAAUUGAGGCUGAGGACUUUGUCAUUGAAUAUGUUGGAGAGUUAAUCCGUCCGAGGAUUUCAGAUAUACGUGAACACUAUUAUGAGAAGAUGGGAAUUGGUAGCAGUUAUCUUUUUAGACUUGAUGACGGAUAUGUAGUUGAUGCUACAAAGCGUGGUGGGAUUGCUAGAUUUAUAAAUCAUUCUUGUGAGCCUAAUUGUUACACGAAAGUUAUUAGUGUAGAAGGCCAAAAGAAGAUAUUCAUUUAUGCAAAACGACACAUAGCUGCUGGUGAAGAAGUUACUUAUAACUACAAAUUUCCUCUAGAGGAGAAAAAAAUUCCCUGCAACUGUGGUUCAAAGAAGUGUCGUGGAUCUUUAAACUAGCAUGCAUACUUUUAAUAUGCCAUCCCCUUGAUUUCUUACUCAUUUUGAGUUGUCAGCACCAAUUUGAAGCCACAGGCUUGAACAUGCUCAGUGGUAGAGAAGCUUGGAGUGGGUCCUUUUAAACAUUUGCAAUUCCAACCUGGAGUGUACUACCAGAAGAUUUGGAAGUGAAUUCACCAAUAUGAGUUUUGGCAGAGCACUUGACAGGGUUGUGGGCAAAGUUAUUUCAAAUAGAAGCAGCUGAUGUCAUAAAGACCUUUUCUCAUGAAGACGAAUUACUUAUCCGUGUCCAUCGUUGUUGUAUAUAACACUCUAGCAGAUGAGUUCCUUCUCUUAGAAUCUGUAAUCAGUUUAUUGUUGUCUUGCCGCGUCAUAUUUUUGGAAUAUAAAUGUUUUUUUACAAACCUGAAUUUAUCAUAUUAACCAUAUCUAUAUCUAUAUAUAUAUUUUACUAAAAGACCUUUUGAAGGCACUUAUUGCACUAUAACCUUUAUAUUUUUGAAGGCACAAGGCGCAAAAAAGCCCUCACUUUAGUGAAGUAAAAUGUAGACUGUAUGUUUGUGUAUUGUAUUUUUUUUUGUAUAUAUACUUAUAAUAUGCUUAAGAUGAAUAAUUACGAUAAUCUAAAGAUUGUUCCAAUUUAGUUUUAGGACAGAAAAUUGUUUUAUUUUUGUUGGCCAAUAUGAUUUGCUUAUGGUACCAUGUUUUUGUAGAGUAUUUUGAUAUUGAGAAGUAAAUAAGAGAUUUGUAUAUAUAUAUCCUUUCUUACAAAAUAAAAUAUACAUCUAAUGGGAAAAGGGGAAAAAAAAUUAAAGAAAGGUGGGUAUUUUUUUUCAUUUUCAUUUUUUGGGUUACAAAAACAUAUGUCUAAGUUUGUGAUUAAUCAUGUCUGACACUAAGAUGCAUCGGUUAGGUGACUUUAGACGAAGCAGGGCUUGACAACAUUGGUUUGAGCUGCUUCCUACCUUCAACAGCAGACAAAUCAAGUCCACGGGGAAUUUUUAUUCACGCAUCCGUUGAGAAGAUGCCAUAUUUUACAUGGAUUUUUACACUAGAACCAUUUAUGUCUCAACUUUAAUCGUUGGUCCUCAGUUAAAAUAUUCCCAAUGACUUGUAUUCAUCGGAUCUUCAUUAGACAGUAAUAAAUUAAGUUACAUAGAAAGUUUUCAAA